UUUGCCUGUGUGCAUGAGUUAUUAAUACAUAACUCAUUCUUUUAUGCUUUUAUUCCAGACAUUAUAGUGUGUUUUAAGCUUUUCUUUAUUCCUAUAGACUGGAAAUCAAGUUCAUGCCACAGUGAAUCUGGGUGAAGUGCUCUUGUUGGCACACAGGCACAUGGGCACAGUGUGAGAGAAAGACACACACACACACACACACACACACCUCUUUCUUCCUGCUCCAUACAGAGACGUGUCUAAACGCUGUUCUGAAGUCUCAGGCUCCCCUCUGGGAGAUUUAACCUCCAUUCUAAGGGACAUUAUGUUAAGGAAGUGGAACAUGAUCUCAGGAUUUUACCUCUAACUGAAAGGAAGGAAGGAAGGAAGGAAGGAAGGAGCAAGAUUUCCUUUAGAGGUGUUCAAACAACAGCCAGAUGGAGGGAGGAGAAGGCUGCGAAGGAAAUUCCAAUAGUGCUGAUACAUCUCAGCCACUUCCCCUUCUGGCAGAAACACACACGUCUGUAGCAGAAGGAGAGACGGCCAGUGUGGCCGAAAGCCUGGAGGAGACACACACAGAGACGAUGGGAUUGUCCACAGGUGAUGAGGAAAAGGAGGCUGCUCAGGUCGUGACUCCAAGGCCAGAGAGCACCGCUGUCUGUCUAAGAGACUCUGAAUUAGCAUCAAAAACUAAGCUUUGUGGAUACCUCCAUAAGCAGGCUGGGCCCCUGAAAGCCUGGAAAUUUCGCUGGUUCACCUACGAGGAGAAAAAAUGUCAGCUGUUUUAUUAUCGCACUGCACAGGACGUGAAUCCUCUUGGCAAAGUGGAGCUCCGCAAUGCCACUUUUACUUACCCACUGCAAGGAGAAGAGGGGACUUUCCACAUUCAGACACCUGAACGCACUUUCAUACUCAAGGCAGCAAACAGAGAUGCCAAGAUGUACUGGCUCCAGCAGCUGCAGCUAAGACGCUGGCAGCACAGAGAACAGCUAGGCACAGACUCCCCACUGCCAAUGCCAGAGAAGCCCACAGAGGAUGGCCAGCAGUAUUUAGACACCUGCCCUGCAAACUUCCUGCCCAUGAUGAAGAUUCCGUCUGGUCUGGUUGGAGUAGAAGCUGCCAAUGUUCCUGUACAAGCAAGCCCACUCAAUGUGUCAAUUAAACAUCCGCUCAUUGAGAUACAAAACUCGGUACACAGCCUUCUUCGUCGGCCAUCUCUGGAAGUGGGUCGGAGUGUAUUUUGGGUAGACUCACCAGCCACCCAAGCUGAUACCCCCAAAACAAAUCCCUCUUCCAGUACAGCUACCCCUGAAGUCUCCCUUGCCCAGACAUCAUCCCCGAGUUCAGGUCUGCCUCCUGAAGAGGAAUGUGUCCCGAACCGUGGUUCAUCUCUAACACUACCCAAUGGGAAAUAUAAGAAAGCAAACUCUGCCACCUUUCCAUUUGACCGCAAAGGAACAAACAGCAUUGACCGUCUGUCAUGCCUUAAACAGGAGAAUCUCACACUGGCUACAGAGGUCCAAGCCCAGAAGGAAUUGGUGUGGCUGCUCCACAAAGCCCUGGAGGCAUCUCAGCUGGAGAAGCGCGCAUGUGCUCAGUAUCUGGCUGCUGAAGGUGAGCAGGAGCGUCUGGAGCUGCUGCGUCAUGGCGAGCGCUGCACUGCAGACCUGCGUGAGCGUUUGGAGCAGCUGCAGCGUGAGAAUGAGGCACUGAGGAGAAGCCUGUUGGAGAGAGACGCACAUGUGCUAGAGCUACAGGAAACCAUGAAGCUGCUCAUGGAGAAGAACCACGCCAAGCAGGAGGUCAUCGUCAAACUAUCUGAGCAAGUGUCGGCAUGCAUAGCUGACCCUAGACGCACUGUUUCUUCUGACCACAUCAGUGCAGAGAGUCUCAGGCAGCUUGUACAGGAGAUAGACAACCUUAAGGAUGACAUGGAAGCUUACAAAACCCAGAACAAGUUCCUGAACUCCGAGAUCUACCAGCUGACCAGACUGUGGCAGAACAGCUCAGAACAGGAGAAAUGUCUAAUGGUGAAGUGUGCCUACCUGGAAGCCAGCAACUGUCAAGUGGAGAGCAGGUACCUGGGGGUCCUGAGAAAACUCCAGGAGAAUAAGGAACUGAAUGCAGAGCAAAGAGCUGCUAUCAAGAAGCUAAUAGAAGAGGCACUACAAGCUGAUCGGAAAGACGUCAUCAGAAUUGACACUGUCAGGGAGUAUGACGAGUACGGCUUUAAGAUCAUCCCCGACUAUGAAGUGGAGGACAUGAAACUGCUGACUAAAAUCCAAGCUCUGGAGAUCCGCUGUCACAAUCUGCUUCAGCAGGAAACUGGUGAACGGUCACUUCUGACCCGCUGGACUCAGUUUCUGGGAGGUCGGUCUCCUGCUGAUCUCUCCUCGAGUGAAGACCUGAAGACUCUGGUGCGAGCAGGAAUCCCGCGUCAGUACAGGGCGUGUGUGUGGCGCUGGAUGGUGCGAGUCAGGACGCAUACACUCCGCCAGGGCCACCCUGACCUUUUCCAGCAAUUGUGUGAGAAGAGUCGUGCCACACCACACCCAGCAGCCAGGCAGAUCCAGCUGGACCUGAACCGCACACUCACCACCAACCAGAGCUUCUCAUCACCCUCCAGUCCAAUGCUGCAGCAGCUCCAGAGAAUUCUGCUGGCAUUCUCCUGGCAGAACCCAGCUGUCGGUUACUGCCAGGGACUCAACAGACUGGCCGCUAUUGCCCUGCUGGUGCUGCAGAGUGAGGAGGAGGCUUUCUGGUGUUUAGUGGCGAUAGUGCAGUUCCUCAUGCCUAAGGACUACUACACCAAAACUCUUCUGGGCUCUCAGGCAGACCAGCGUGUAUUUAAAGACUUUAUGGCGGAGAAGUUGCCACGGUUGGUGGCUCAUUUAGAAGAAUAUAGUGUGGACGUGUCUCUUGCCACAUUUAACUGGUUCCUGGUGGUGUUUGUGGAAAGUCUGCCAAGUGACAUCCUGCUUAAAGUCUGGGAUGCCUUCCUCUAUGAAGGGAAUAAGGUGAUAUUUCGAUAUGCACUUGCCAUCUUCAAAUACAAAGAGGAGGACAUCUUAAAGCUCCAUGACAAUGUGGAAAUCUAUCAGUACCUCCGCUUCUUUACCAAAACAGUCUCGGACAGCAGGAAGCUGACGAGCAUCGCCUUCUGUGACUUGAACCCGUUCCGGAUGAAGCAUGUCAGGAAUCGACGUGCUGUGCAUCUGCAACGGCUGCAGGCUGAGCUCCAUGAACUGGAGAAACUACAGAAAGAGUAUAGUUCGGAGGACAACCAGCGCAAAGACAACGUCCUGGACCUCGUCCCCAGUGAAGAGGAGGAUGAUUCAUAGACAUUUAAACACUUAACUGUACAAAAAAAUACACUGCACUUGCACAAAAAGCCAAAAGAUCAGAUAAUAUAUAAGUAUGUACAGUAAAUGUAUAAUGCACACAUACAACAAUGAGGACCGCUGGUGUUCUGUGGAAGGGGUUUAUCAGUAGAUUGUGUUCCACUCGGUUUGAUCAGAGACAGUGAAACAGUCAAUGCUCUUAUUCUGCUUUCACAAACAAAACAAAAUUCCCCAUGGCUUUAACAGACCGAUCUGACAAAUGCAAAAUCUAAAGUGUCCUCUCAGUUAAAUAUGAGAAAGCCCAAAGAUUCAUGCACUGAACACAAUACAACAGGUUGCAGCACUUUAUUUACACUACCACUUCUUGUACAGCUAGCUCAUUAAAACAAAAAGGAAAAGAAAAAAUGUAUACUUCAGCUAAUAAUAAUAAUUUUAUACGGAUGCACUUGUUUGUAAGAGAUCAAUAUAUUUUAUAAUAAACCAAAUAUGUUCA